AUUGUUUAUGUAUACACUACGUGUCUGUCCGCUGUGUGAUAAGCUGAAAAUUAGUGAUUGUUCGCGAUGAAUUUUUUGUCUAUUUGAUCUUUGAUCUAUUAACUGUAUAAAUUCAGCAUUUCAAAGAACGACCGAAUGAACGGACCGCCGCAGCUUCCGUCACUCGUCCUGGGACAGCAGAUAAAAAAUGGCCCGUACAACGUGAGGGUGACGCAGUCCAUGGUGGAACAGCGCGAGAAGGAGAACCGCGAAUUGGCAAGACGUUGGCAACUGGGGGAGCAGAGACGCAAACGAAUGAUGGAGCUCAGGGGCAACGACGACGACUACUUCGGCGACUUCAAGGAGUUCAACGUGCGUCGGAGAUUCGUCCGCAGGGUCUUCUCCAUCCUUACGCUCCAGAUGAUCUUCACAGCCCUCGUCAUCGGCUCUUUUAUGUUUUUCGAAGAGGCCAAACUAAUAAUGAUGACGUACCCGUCGAUAUGGAUAGCAUCGCUGGCCGUCUUCAUGUUCACCUACUUGUCGAUAUCCUGCUGCGAGUGCGCGAGACGUCAGGCGCCCUGCAACGGCAUAAAUCUCAUUCUGCUGACAUCUUCGAUGUCCUACCUGACAGCCUUUGUGUCCGUUCACUACUCGGUCGAGGCUGUGCUGAUCGCCACCGGUGCCACGGCCCUGGUCACGACGGUUAUUUUUUUCCUCGCGGCCUGCACGAAGUUCGAUUUGACGAGACGCGCUGGACUGAUGCUGAUCGUGAGUCUAGUGGCUACUGUCGGUCUGCUCAUCAUGAUCAUAGUCCUGAACUUCACGCACAUCAGGGGUCUGCAAGUUGCCAUUUCCAUAGCGGGGACCCUUUUACUUUCGAUGUAUCUCUUCUUCGACGUGCAAACGAUGAUGGGUGGAAAAACGAUCGAGUUGAGUCCCGACGAGGUGGUGUACGCGACCACGCAAAUCUACGUCGACGUUCUUCUACUCUACAGAUACAUACUGCUUUUGGGGGGAAGCGUCAGCGAGUGACGAUCGAUGAAAAUCGAAGAAAAAUUUAUCGACGAGCGUGCUAAUAUAAUUAUUAUUGUAUUUUAAUGAUGCGAGAAUUAAAUAGUUAAACGAGUA